CCCACAAACUUAUUACAGUAACAUAAUUUGCGUUUCUACAAGUGGAAUUCGAAAUCCACUAAUAUUUUCCCUACUUCUGGAUCUGAGUUCAAACACUGAAAUAGAAAAGAAAGUCCACAAUCCAGUUUCUGCUAUCCAAGGAUCUCGUUGUUCAUUCAAUGAAUGGUCCUCUCAAAAUGGAGACUGUUAUCCUCUCUUGUGUGGCCCAGGUAAAGUAUUUCUUGACACUAAAUGUAUGGCAAUAGUUGAAGAAAUCAAAGGCUUGAGUUAUCACUUACGUAUCUGGCUACAACCUCUUCCAAGUGAUAGUCAGAAGUCGUAUGGCUUAGUUCUGCCACACAGAUAUGCCAAGAACACUUUUGACUUACUGUUUUUUCAAGUCCAAGAAAUGGUUGAAGAAUUCAGCACUAAUUACACACUAAACGUUCGAGGAUUAGUAGAUACCAACUCAAUUCCGUUUUUAAAGUUUUCUGCAAUAUUUUGGAUGGAAUGUCUUCUAUUUGCCUCUAAUAACAUAUCUCGAAAUGACUUCGAUGUUCACUUUCUUGACAGAUUUAUGUCUGGGAAUAUAUCACUUCAAAACAUUCCGAAAGUUAAUUUAAUAUUAAAACCAAUUCAGAUGCUGCAAAGGUUUGAUAUUGACAACUUCAUAGCACCAGGCGUCAACAAUCAAAGUCGGGCUACCUAUUUUCAUGAACAUUAUAAAAGUUCAUAUUUUAUUAAAGACUUUAGAUUUGACAAUAUCAAUGUAAACAACGUACUAAUAUGCAGAUUUGUUAGGUUUGAACCCAGGCAAUAUCAAAUAGAUGUCAAUAACAACCUAAUACCACCUGGCUUUACGUUAACUAUAGAUUUGAACUCCUCUAAAAUACGUAUCACAGACAAUGCAGAUCUGAACAUGCUAGACAUUGGUCAAGAUGGCGAACUGAACGUAUGUGAAGAUUUGCUGAACAGUAAACUGAAGAUGUUCAAAGACGAUGUAUUUGAAGGCACCAACAGGGAGCUGGCUGGAACCUCUCUGGCUGAGUAUAUUGUUUCUAUAGCGUGUUCUUCAGCUUCGAUACUUUGUCUGGUUCUGACCUUGAUGACCUAUGUCCUGUUUAGUGAACUAAGAACAGAGGCCGGUCUGAAUAACAUGUUUCUCAGCAGUAGUCUUCUCUUGGCUCAAGUUUGUCUACUGAUUACCUCCCAUAUCUACAGGUCGCGCACAAUGUGUACAGUUCUUGGUGUGGUGACUCACUUCCUGUGGCUGUGGAUGUUCUCCUGGAGUUUCCUCUGCAGUUACCACAUGUUUCAAGUUUUUACUUCCAACACCAGCAGAACCUCGUCACAGCAGGGCAGGUUGAAGUUCUGGAAGAAAAUCUUGUUUUCACUGACCUUUCCAUCAGCCAUUAUCGUGACCAUCGUUUUUAGCAGUUAUUUGGCAUCAGCAGGAAAGGAAAUAGGCUAUGGACUAUUCAGCUGUUUCUUAAAUUCCACUAUACUUGUAGGUCUCACAGUGCUAUGGCCGAUAUCUCUGGUCACGCUGACCAAUUUCGUGAUUUUUGUCGUUGCGGUACUCAAGAGUCACGGUAUUCUUAACUUAAAGUCUAUCUUCAAGAAAGACGAGUGGAAUAAUGAAUGGCACUUAUAUGUCAUGAUGUCCUCUGUGACCAGUGCUUUCUGGAUAUUUGCUAUGGUUGCUACUGCUUUGGAUAAUAAUAUCCUCAAAUUGAUUUCUAUAGUACUGAAUGGACUCCAGGGUGUGGCUAUCUUCGUGACUUUCAUCUGCAACAAGCGAGUCUUUCUCUUGUACAAACAGACGAGAUGUUUUAGUCGGGAAACCAAAACAGAGGAAAUCAGAGAAGGGUCGACACAAUCCGCCUGACUGAUGUGUCUUUAAACAUAGAGCGUAACCAUUAUUUAUUUUUUAAAAUCACAAUUACGUUCCAGUAACCUCCACGCUUACCCUAAACAGUUUUUCUUCAGCUCAAUUGUGCUGCUCUGCAGU